AUGUAUGUUGUUGUUGAGGUGUGUCUAGAUAAAAAUGCUCAACCAAGUGGAUCUAGGAAACAGUCUCUCCACCUUCUGAAAGAUAGAGGUGAACGGAAAACAUGUGGUAAAACUAUGGAAUUUCCACAUUUUGAUGUUGCACUAGAUGAAUCAGAUCAUUAUUUCAUCAAAUCAAACCAAUCCAGAAAAGAAAAAAAAUGCUUCAAUGAUACAAACACUUCUACCUGCAAAGCUAUCAUGAAAGAAUGGAAAAUCCUUGAGAAAAAUCUCCCUGAUUCGAUUUACGUUCAAACUUAUGAGAAACGACUUGAUCUUCUACGAGCAGUGAUCAUUGGUGCCUCAGGGACUCCAUAUCACGAUGGACUCUUCUUCUUCGACAUUGUCUUUCCUUCAGAUUAUCCAUACAAUCCUCCAAAACUCAGCUAUUUGUCACGUGGCUUUCACAUGAAUCCUAAUCUCUAUCCUAAUGGAAGAGUUUGUUUGAGCCUCAUCAACACUUGGCAUGGAGACAAAGUCGAAAAAUGGACACCUAAAAUUUCUACAAUUCUUCAACUUCUCGUCUCAAUCCAGGGACUAGUACUCAAUGCUGAACCUUACUUCAAUGAGCCUGUUCGCGUAAGAUGUAUCAGCGACUCUGAUGCUUUGUCGAAGCUGUCUUUAGCUUAUAAUGAGGAUGUUUUCAUAAGGACAUGUAAAACUAUGCUUUGUCAUAUACGUGCACCUCCAAAGAACUUCGAGGAAUUUGUUCAUAAGUACUUUUGUGAACGCGGAGAGUUCAUAUUAGCUUCUCUUAAUUCGUAUGCUGGUGGAAAGGCAACCGCAGGACUGUAUCAAGGAGAUGUUAAGUCAUCGUCUCGACCUUACACCUCUUUUCAGUUUCAGAAAAUUUCAAGGAAAAUGUUUGUGGAUUUAGAAAGUGCUAUCAAGGUCUUGAGCACUGCGAAAGCAGAGGAUCCAACUAUCAAUGAAUCAUCAAAGGCAAUAGUAGUGGAGAAAAAUAAGCCUAAAAUCGGGCUUAUGCAGAAGAUCAAAAACUUUUUUAAGUUCAUUUUUCAAAGAUGUAAGAAAUGUGAUUAUUAUUUAUCUGCAAUGAAAUUCGAUAAGAAUGGUUAUCGUCCAACUAUGUGGCGCUCAAGUUAUAGUAGCAGGGAUGGCUCAAAAACAGUUUGGGAAGGGGCUGCUUGA